AUGGGUCCAACCGAAUUCGGUCAUUUACCUGAUCCGCCAAAAGGAGCCUUUGUUCCAGAAGGUGGUAUGCGACCUGAAGACAGUCAACGGAUCCAUCUUAUCAACGCCUUCCGGCGAUACGGGUACCUACAAGCUGAGCUCGAUCCUCUUGGUUUGCAGCCAAAGAAGGAGGUCCCGGAACUUAAUCCGGCGGUUUAUGGUUUGUCGCCAAAGGAUGCUUUGCCGGGUAAAGAGCUAAGCUUGGAAGAUUUGGCCGAGCAGUUGCGACUGAUUUACUGUGGUUCAAUGGCAAUUGAGUUUAUGCAUAUUAAUAGCUGGGAAGAGCGCCAAUGGCUCGCGCAACACUUCGAGAGUGCAGUGUCCGAAGAGCUUCUCAUAGAAGAGCGCGUGAAUUUGGCGAAGCUUAUGAUCAGAUGCGAGAAUUUCGAUCACUUCCUUGCGCUGAAGUUCCCCACAGUGAAACGAUACGGCAGCGAAGGAGCUGAGGGUAUGUACGGCUUCUUCUCAGAGCUUUUCGACUCAGCGCCUGAAAAGGAUAUCAAACAGGUGCGUGAGCGUCCUCACUCAUAA